UCUCUUCCUUCACCAAAUACAAUUACUCUUUUUUCCCUCUUUCUCUCCUCCCUCCCUCCCUCCCUCUCUCUCUCAACGUAUAGAGAUACAGUAAAAUAUAUAUAGAUAGAUAGAUACAGAAGAGGUAUAUAAAUAUAUAUAGAAAGAAAAUUGUUUGUGGUGUAGGUGAUUGGGGAGGGGUGGUGAAGAUGAGUAGCAGCAACAGUAGUGGAGUUGUUGUUGGAGGGGCUAGGGUUUCAAUUCCGAGCAGUGUUCGGAAAACGAUUCAGAAUAUAAAAGAGAUCACUGGGAAUCAUAGUGAGGAUGAGAUAUAUGCAAUGCUCAAAGAAUGCUCUAUGGAUCCCAAUGAGACUGCCCAAAAACUCCUCUUUCAGGAUACAUUCCAUGAAGUAAAAAGGAAACGCGACAGAAGAAGAGAGAAUUUGAACAAGGAGUCUGCUGAGCCAAAGUGGAAACCAGCUAUGCAGGGAAGGGGAAACAAGGGGAGUCGGGGAAACUUCACUUCUCGCCAUGUUUCGCUUGAUGCUGGUGGUCGAAGGAACUCUGCACCUGAUAAGGAAAAUGAAGCCAGUCAAGUUUCUGACAAGAGUGUCAAGCCAUCCUCCGUACCAACUAUUGAGGCGAAUAAUACUUCAAGCUCAUCAAGUUCCAGAGCCAAUGGGCCUGGUGCUGUAGCUUUUGGGAGUAAUAGUGUUGUACAUGAUGCCCAUGCAUCAGCAGGCAGAGGGAUUAAGCAAUCUGAAGCCACUGCAGGUGCUGGCUCUGUCAAGUCGGAGGAACCACUGCACACUCCAAGUCAUGGUGCGGGCAAAAGCCCCAGAGUGUCUGUAGGAACCAGGGAUACACUUGGACAGACGAUGCCUAACUCCAGCAACUCUUCAACCUCCUUGUCUUCACCACCUUCGUCAGGAGCUUAUUUUUCAGCAUCAGAUCCUGUUCUUUUGCCAUCUCAUGAUUUACGACCCCCUGGUGCAGUAGGCACAAUUAGAAGGGAAGUUGGUGGCCAGCAUGUGUCAUCUGAUCAUGUCCCUACCAACUCGAUCGGGAGCAAGGCAACCACUGCAGUUUCUGACUCUAGAAAUUCGACUCCGCAAGUAAAAAUGUCAAGCAAAUUCCAGGGGCCUGGAAAGAAUCAGCUUCCAGAUUUCUCACAAUGUGCUUCAUCGGCUCAGGGUGUUUCUUCUCUUAGUAGGCCUUCAUCUAAUUACAACAACCGUCCCCUGGUUGGCCCACAAAAAGCUGGUCCCGGUAAGGAAUGGAAGCCAAAGCCUACACACAAUAAUAUUGCUCAGGGUAAAGCUAUAUCUGCUAGUUCAGCUGAUCUUUCUACAGUUUCUGCUGAAGUUGAUACACAACCGCAGCCUACGUCUGUCAGUGUUGAAUCAAAGGAAGGGACUUCGGAAUUGCAGCAGAAGCUAGAAAAAUCACACAUUUCAGAGAUUCAGCAUGUUGUUAUCCCUAACCACCUUCAUGUGCCUGAGGCUGAAAAACUUGGGUUCUGUUUUGGAAGUUUUGAAGCUAGCCUGGGCUUAGGUGUGAGCCCUUACAAUGCUGCUGAGAAAGAAAAGACUCCAUCACUUUCUGGAAGUUCUGAGGAUAUUGAAGAAACAGAAAAUGAGCACUUUUCCAGGUCCGUCAUCGCAUGGUCUCUUUACUCUCAAUCCCUCUUCUCCCCUGUUUAUGACUUGUGAAAGCUUUUGGUAGUU